GUCUCGUCUCCCCCUCGCCAGUCGCGGCCUGCUGCUGCUUGCGGAGAGAUGGCCUUCGUGCUCUUGAAGCGCUGCGGGAGGAAGGCUUCCAGCGUCUCCAGGCGGUGGCAGUGGGAGCCUGAGCCCGGUCACUGGGAAAAACAUGCUUGUUUUAGUUGUACAUCGCAGAGGCUAAUAAACAAUGCGCCUAUUCGUUUUAAAUAUUGCACUAGUAUCUCUCCUGUUUACAUUUUCUCUACAAGAGAUGAUUGGACUGAAAGAUCAGAAAAACGGCACUUUACAGCGUUUAGAUCACUUGACUUGUGGUCACCAUCUCCAAAUAGAAGUUUUUUGGGGCCAUGUUAUCUUCCAGUACGGAAGUGGCAUUCUUCACAACCUAAUUAUGAUGACUCUGUGGUAGAAAAAUCCCUGAAGUCUCUCAAGGAUAAAAAUAAGAAGUUAGAAGAAGGAGGCCCUGUAUAUAGCCCAACAACAGAAGAAAACAUAGUUAAAAGGUCUCUUGGACAGAGGGUUGUUGAUGAACUGAAACACUACUAUCAUGGCUUUCGUUUGUUGUGGAUUGAUACAAAAAUUGCUGCAAGGAUGCUCUGGCAAGUUCUUCAUGGCAACACCUUAUCCCGUCGAGAACGGAGACAGUUCCUUCGGAUAUGCGCUGAUCUCUUUCGGUUGGUCCCGUUCCUAGUCUUUCUUGUUGUUCCAUUCAUGGAGUUCCUUCUCCCUAUAGCCUUAAAGCUAUUCCCCAGUAUGCUUCCUUCAACAUUUGAGACAAAAUCUAAGAAGGAAGAGAGAUUGAAGAAAGAACUAAGAGUGAAGCUUGAACUGGCUAAAUUUCUUCAAGAUACUAUCGAAGAGAUAGCCUUAAAAAAUAAAGCAGCCAAAGGGAAUGCUACUAAAGACUUUUCGACCUUCUUUCAAAAGAUCCGUGAAACUGGUGAAAGACCAAGCAAUGAAGAAAUUUUACGAUUCUCUAAACUGUUUGAAGAUGAACUAACCCUUGAUAAUCUCACAAGACCCCAGUUGGUUGCUCUCUGUAAACUACUAGAACUUCAGUCAAUUGGAACAAAUAACUUUCUCCGCUUCCAGCUGAUAAUGAGGUUGAGAACUAUCAAAGCUGAUGAUAAACUAAUAGCUGAGGAAGAUGUGGAUAGCCUGACAGUUAAAGAGCUACAAGCAGCAUGUCGAGCAAGAGGUAUGAGAGCGCUUGGUGUAACAGAAGAACGUUUGAAAGAUCAGCUUAAGCAGUGGUUAGAUUUACAUCUGAAUCAGGAAAUCCCAACUUCACUGCUUAUUUUAUCUAGAGCUAUGUACCUUCCAGAUACACUUUCACCAGCUGACCAGCUUAAAACAACCCUGCAAAUACUACCUGAAAGUGUGGCCAAAGAAGCUCAAGUGAAAGCAGCAGAAGUGGAAGGAGAAAAAGUUGACAAUAAAACCAGACUGGAAGCAACCCUUCAGGAAGAAGAAGCUAUUAAGAAAGAAAACCAAGAAAAAGAGUUAGAAAGGCUUUCAGAAGCUGCUGAGAAGGCCAAAGAGACCCUUCAAGUUGCUGAGAGGAUGGAGGUGGAAUCUACAAUAGAUCUUGAUGCUUCAACUAUGCAUAUAAAGAAAAGCCAGAUAGCUGUGGAUGCUGAACAAGAAUUGGCGAAAGUGGAUUUAACCAUUCAUUCAGAGACUUUAAAAGAUACAGCGCCCGUGUUAGAAGGCAUUAAGGGUGAAGAAAUAACCAAAGAAGAGAUUGACUUGCUCAGUGAUGCUUGUACUAAAUUAAAGGAACAAAAGAAAUCACUAACAAAGGAGAAGGAGGAGCUUGAGGAACUCAAGGAUGAUGUGCAGGAGUAUAGUGAGGAUUUGCAAGAGAUCAAAGAGUUGUCUAAGGCUGGAGAAGAACAAAUAGUUGAAGAAUCUAAAGCGAGCAAGAGACUGACUAAAAGAGUGAACCGAAUGAUUGGGCAGAUUGACAAAAUCAUUGGGGAGUUAGAGACAGAUCAAAAAGUGGUGGAUGGACAGUUGGACAGUGAUACUAGCCCUCCCAUUGGGUUGUGUUUCCCAUUUAGGGAGAAUCUCAUCAGUAUCAAUGAGCUUAUUAGUGUGAUGAAACAGAUUCAGAAGAUACCCGAAAGCAAACUGAACAGGCUUGCUGAAGCACUAGAUGAAAAUAAGGAUGGAAAAAUUGAUAUAGAUGAUGUUGUAAAGGUGGUAGAACUGAUUGACAAAGAAGAUAUUGAUAUUUCUACUAACCAAGUAGCAGAGAUCAUGUCACUGUUGCAAAAGGAAGAAAAACUGGAAGAAAAAGAGAAAACUAAAGAAAAGACUGAGAAGGAAGCUUUAGAAGUGAAGAAUUAGUUUUCAUUCCGAUUCCAAGCCUGAAUUAAGCGGAACGUCUUAUGUACCUUGUCCAGCAUCUACUAUUUGAGAUGAGAAACAUCAGUGUUCUAUUGGCAAAUCAAGAUUAAAAACAUUCUUUGACGAUGCAGAAAGACAUUUCUGUGAUCAAACACAGGCAACUUAUCAUUCCACAAAGAUAAGAAUAGUUUUGGUCUUUUAAGGAUUUAUUCCUUCUUGUGGAACCACGUGCACCCUUUGGCAUGCUGCACUGAUUUAGUACACUUUUGCUGGAGAUCAUGAUACAAAUUAGGAGCCAGCAAAAUAAUAUUGUAUUGGCAUGAACGUACUCUUCUCUACUUGGCAAAGAAGUGAACAUCUGUACAGCAAAACUCCCAGUAUAGAGACCAUUCAAAGGUUUUCUAAAAUCCCAUCAAUUUUUUUUUAUCAGUUAAGUUUUUAAAAGGACUUCUGCAAACAAAUGUGUGUGUUCUGAAGUUUCUGAUAUUGCCGUGGCAUAAUAUACAGUCCAGGCUAAUCAUUUAGAGCUAUCCAGAAUUUUUCAAAAACCUCUGCACAACAUGUUGUUUUGCCAAUUGCUCAACAUCUGAAAAAUGCUAGUAGAAAAUGGGAUGCAGUACUAUCCCACUGCCAGCAGACAUCUUCAAAAAGUGAAAUUCAAUUCCUUGCUCUGCUUCAGUUCUCCCCCAUCCAUCUAUACUCACCCUGGUCUCCACUCCAUUUUUCCAAUUGGUAAUUAGAUUUCCUAUCAAUGUCUCUGUCACUUUAAAAGCCACAGUGUAAUCAGUGAUUCCAGCAGCUGCCAACUUCUCCAAUCCUCUCUUCCCCAUCUGGAAGGUGGUGGCCAUCGGGAAUUUGCAGGCAGAGUGAUACGUUGCGUAAUGUGCAUGAGUGUCCGGGGUGGGGGUUGGGAGAGCAUUUUAGGCCUUAAGUAGAUGUACAAGAUCAAGGGAUUGCUCACUUUUGGGGGUUAAUAUUUUCUAUCAACAACAACAAAAUUAAUUACGCACAACUUCCCUGAAGACUGUCCUUUGGGUGUCUAAGCCUGAGAAUUAAGCUUGUUUGACAAAGUAAAAUAUAUUGUGGAAUUAAAACAUUGACUCUUUAAAUGUUUUCAAAAUGUAGCUUUGUAUUGGUGUCUAACUUACAUGUAAAAUGACUUGG